AUCACCCUCCCUUCCACUCCCACGUGGCUGCCUCCUCCUCCCCACCCCAGCAAGGGUCCCCCACUCCUGAGCACCCAAGGGAGAUGGCAGCAGGGGGUGAUGGAGUGACGGCCCCUCGGGUGAAGCCUGGCAGGAGCUGGAAGGCCCUGGCUCUAUCUCAUCUGAGAUCUGCCAGGAGGCCCUGCUGGGAAACGCUUGUCUCCCGGGCCGCCCGCGGCCCAGAGCCCGGCAGAGCCACCCGGGAGCUGGACCACUGCAAGGGACCGGCCUGCUCCGCCCCGCCGCUUCGGCAACCCCAGCCGGGGCUUAGACUCAAACCUGACGCUUCUCGCUGCAGUAGACUGGUCUUCCGUCACAGUCCGGCCCCUUUGAUCUCCGGGAGGCAGGAUGCAGGCUCAAAUCCUGGACCUCUGCACUCGCCGGACCCGCGUCUUCCUCGGCUAGUCAAAGGAGACAUCCAGAGGCAUCGCAGCGCCCAGGGGCUGCAGCCUGGAUCUGCGGAUCGAUGGACCACGCUGCUAAUUCCAGCGCCGGGCACGGGGCACCCAGCCGUCGCUUCCACCCGUUGCUCUGCCUGCAUGAAACGAGUGCGCUGGGGCUCAGCUCAGCCCCCGGGGGAUGCGAGGUCUGCUGCUCAGCCCUGCAGAAGCCUUCCUCAGUUUCGGCCCACGCCAAAAGGCCCAUUUUUGGCCGGCAAGGGGAAAUGGCAGCACUCUCUCCUCAUCCUCCAGCCCUGCCAGAGAGGCUCGGCCCUGCCGCAGCCAGCGUCGCGAUGCAUCACACCCCUGCCCCCGGGUCCCAGCCCAUUCGGCCAGCCUGGCCAUCUGCGCUGCUGGAGGGGGGCAAGACCCCUGCCCAAGGAGCCAGGCCCGGCUGCAGUUGCGCAGCGUGGUGCGGCGAUUAGCAGCCCAGUAAAACACGGCAGGGGAGAGACAAGUCAGGGAACUGGGUGCUGGUGGGGGGCCCGUUGCCCUGAGCAGGGAGCUGGGAGACUCCCAGCACCCCAAAUCCCAUGAUGAGACCCGUCGGGCCUGCUAGAGACGAGGAGCUGGGGGGGGGCUCGACGCUCCUGUGACUGGCGUGGCGCGGGGCAGGGCCUGUUGGCACCGUGCCUCCACAAGGCAAGCAGGCUGGGCCGGGCGGGCACCACGUGAGCGUCUCUCGUGGGAGGGAGCUAGCGAGGGAGGCAGGCACGCUGGGGCCAGGGCAGGGACCUCUGGGAAGGACAGCCUUGCCUGAGAAAUGGAGGGACUCGUGCGCUGAGCUAAGGCUGGGAGCUUGCAAGCCUUAGCUUGCUCGCCCCUCAUACGUAUCCUCGCAGCAGGGGGAGCUACUGGGAGCCUAAGUGAGGUGCCCAAGGCCACAUGAAGAGGGCAGUGGCAGAGCACAGCACUGACCCAAGUCUCCACAUGCCCAGCUGGUGCUCCAGGCACUGAGCAACCUUUCCCUCCAGCUGCUGAGGGGUCUCAGCGUGUCCCCCCCCUCACCCCAGCAGACAGCUGACCCAAGUCUGGCCGUCUCCAUGCCUCUCCCUUUAGCCCCCUGGCAGCAGGGUGGGCCUUUGGCCCCGGCGACCUGCUGGCCAGCGGUGCAGGCCGGGGCGUCGUUACCCGGCCCCCUGAGCCGCGCAUGCCACAUCCCCAUGCCAAACCCGUGCCAGAGGGCGGCAGGCAGGCCGUGCGAUCCUUGCUGGGUGGAUGGGUGGCCGCGCCUGGGGGCAGAGCGUGGGGGCAAGGGACCCUGCCCCAGCAGGCGUGCGGUGUACUUUGUGGAUCCCCUACCCCCUUUCUCCACCUCACCCCCCAAGCUGGCACGGGGCAGGUGCUCCACAGCCCGGGCUGGGGCGGGACGAGGUGAACACCACCCUCUUGCCACCCUCUCUUGCUGGCAGCGGGGUGUGUGUGGGUGUGUGUCGGGGGGGGGCUCCUGCCACUCUUAGCCCAGGCACAAGGCAAGGUAGAUUUGCACCUUAUGGACAAACUGAAUCAGAGACACGUGGCAUGGGGAAG